AUGCGCUCGGCGUGCUUUCGAGGGCACUUCGCUGCCGUGAACAUGUACGUUCUUCGGGGCUGCUGGUGCUGAAGGCACCUCCGGCGAUCAUCCAUCAGCCGGCCGGGGACAGAAGAGGAGUCUACCAGAUCCGCCACCGAGUGGUCUGGACCGCAACAUCCUCUACCGUGCCCCGCAAGCUAUUCCGACCUUGGGCCGCCCUGCUUCAAGCUGCACUCCCUCGACUCCUUCCCCGAGGAUCGGCCGCGAAGGCUCUCCCGCUCCCCUUUGCUCAAGCGGCUCAUCACAAUAAAAGAAGCCCAUGAUAUAGAGGCCAGACUUAAUGAAGUGGAAAAGCUUCUGAAGACUAUAAUAAAUAUGCCAUGGAAGUAUUCAAGAUCCGAAGUAGUCCUCACAUUCUUUGAGAGAUCUCCUUUGGACCAAGUUCUGAAGAAUGACAAUGUCCAUAAAAUUCAGCCAAGCUUUCAAAGUCCGGUUAAAAUAUCAGAAAUCAUGCGAUCAAAUGGAUUUUGUUUAGCAAACACUGAAACGAUAGUCAUCGAUCACAGUAUACCCAAUGGAAAAGAGAAGCACCUGGAUGUGGAUUCAGCAGAACACUUGUUUGAAAGUGUGAGUGACUUUACCUCAGAACUAGAAGACAGUGAUGACCCAACAGCUUAUGUCACCAAUUUGACAUACUACCACCUGGUCCCAUUUGAGACUGAUAUUCUGGACUGAGACUGUUCAAUGCUAGUCAGCCAGCAUCCAGCCAACCUCUUCAUCCAUAAGCUCUGCUGUCUCAGUGCAUCUCAGUGAAUAAGGCUGUGCAGGCAAGACCAACAGCUGAGAAGCUGCAGCAAGUACACCACAAAGCUGGCUUUGUACUCUGGCCUUUUGUUGUGUCUUUCAGAGAUGUCUUGUAAGGAGGUAACUGCUUCACUGUGAACAACAAACUCAUUUUCCAUGAAAGCAAGGCAGCAGAGGCCUCCUGGGACUUGAGGAAAUCUCUGCAGUGUCUGUGGUAACUGCAGCUGUGAUACAGCCACUAGAACUCGUGCUGUGGUCUGCUGUCAUGCUCCUUGGCUUGCAGUGCAAGUUGAAACUUCCUCUUUUAGGAUACCACCAGAAACUUCCCCUGAUGUCCUGCCCACACUCUUUACGCUGUGUAAGCGAGAAAGCGAGAAAACCAGCUGAAUUUUGUCUGUUCCCUCUUCAGUUGCUUAAUGGAUGCCUUGCAGGUCACUUUUUGCUCAGCUGUCGGAUGACUGGUGCCUUACAGGAGAUGUCAGAAACACCAUUGAGUGCCUCCAGGAUACAGAACAUGAGCUGACUGCUUUACUUCUUUUGAUCAUGGGUUUUUAUGUAACCACCAAUGGGAUGACUACUCUUUCCCUCUUUCCACAAGUACUAAAGCAGACAGCAGCUGGCAUUGCAAUGGACUACACAACACGAUUAGGUACCUGAAUGAUGUCAGAGAUCUGGAAAGCUGAUGGGAAAGCUGAGCUGCCCUGCUAAGGGCGGUCAAGGCUACGACAGGCACUUGGAUAUGAAUUUUGUCACGUGGACCAGAAAAUGUGAAUGGUGCUUACAGUUGUUUACAUCAGAGAGAUAGUUCCCUAUGCAUGUUUCUCCCCAGGGGAUGGGGAGGAAGCCAAUGAGAUUUAUUUCGUGUUUGGACUGAAAAAGAACAAUAAGCUACAGCGUGCCUACAAUGGUAGGAAAAACACCCACUCCCAGGCCAGCCUAACUCAAAGAGUCUUACUGGCUUUCUGAGAUACACCUGCUGGGCUGGGUGCAGGCUUUGUUGUCAUGUGAAUGCAUUGGUGACGGUGGGAGCACGAGCAGGAUUGGAACCUGCAGCCUCUUGACUACUGAGUAGUGCAAGGUUAAAAUCUCCUUGGGGUCUCUCUCUUGCGGAGUGCUAUGAACUCCCAGCUCUCACGGUGAGAGCUCAGCACUCAGUGUCGUGGCCUGUCGUUGAGUUUUUUGUGAUCUAAUUGCAGACACAAAAUUGAAGGGAUUGAAACAUGAAAGAGGACAUUCUGAACGUAUUUCCUUGCAGUGGGGCUUACGUUGUCCUGAAGAAGUUGGUACAACUCCCUUCCUUUGCAGACUUCUCAUUUCUAUCUGUAGAAUAACAGUCAAACAGCAUUUGCUAAUGUAAAUAAUAAAUUAUUUAGAAUCCUAAUUCUUUUACACAGUAUGUUUUUAAAAUAUAUUUUAAAUGAAAUAAAAUAUAACUCACCUUCAGUACGCUUUUUUGCAGCUUAA